GGCCGCCAUGUGGAGUGUGAGUGAUGCGGGCGGAGAAGUGUUAAGCAGCAUAAUGAGCCGUUUAAAUCGGACAUUCCUAAAGCGCACCGUAUCCUGCACCGAAGGCGGCGCACAGCUAUUGCGCGGACUGGGGCGCGGAGGUGGCAUGCCAAAUGUGCAAUGUCGCCCGCGCUCGUGUUUCUCCUGGAGAACGCUGGGACAUAUUGUAGCCGUUUGUCGCGUUACCACCGGGGGCGUCGGAUGUUUGUCAAAUAUUUCGAGCCUGUCGUCGGGAUGCUUGCCAGAAAAUUGCGGCAAGCGUGCACAGUGAAACAUAUAAAAUGUGGGCGAUGGUACACCAGAGCAGAGCAGAGCGCGGAACAUCAAGUGAUUGUGAUUGUGAUUGUAAAAAGUGAGGCUCAAAAUCAUUCGUGUAAACUUUUUAGAAUGAAGAAUAAUUUGUCUUUACGGACAAACACGAAGAAGAAGAAGCUAAACAUUAGAUUAAAGUUUAUUGAUCAGAGGCCAGAGCUUUGCGAUGUACAAGAUAAGGGGCAAGGUACAAGGUGGAAAACGUUUCGGAAAACGUGUCUUUUAACCUUGUUGGCAGCUGUGGUCGGUGAUAAGUUUUUCAAUUAAAUGUAAUGACUCGAGACAUACAUUUCGGAAUAAAUCUCCUCGGAACGGAAGGUUUAUGUUAUGUUUGAUUUUGUCUUCGCAAAACAAACUGUAGUCAACAGGAGGGAGGAAGACAAUGAAUGUGUUGAAUGUUGUGUUCCGGAAAGCAACGUGAUACAAAUCGAGAACUGUAUUUUGAUACUGUUCGAGGGAAACAUCGAGCAAACGUCAACAUUCAGGGUGAAGUCUGCGAGUUAGCGUAAGUAAGCAAGUGCAAUUCAGUGCGAGACGGUAAAAUAGAGCUUCACCUUCACCUCAAAC